UUAACCUUAAUUAAUAUUAUUGGUUAUGUUGUUAUCUUUUUUAACAUAUGUUUUUAACUUUUUAAUGUAAUAAUUUUAAUAAUCGUAUAUCGUAUCAUUGCUGAAAAUGUUUUAUAUAAUUGGCUUAGGUCUAGGAGAUCCCAAAGAUAUAACAGUCAAGGGGCUAGAAAUAGUUAAAAAAUGUGACAGAGUGUAUUUAGAAGCCUAUACAUCAAUAUUGACUUGUGGUAAGGAAGAAUUGGAAAAGUUCUAUGGAAGACCCUUAAUUGUGGCCGACAGAGACUUAGUUGAAUUGGGAGCUGAUGACAUAUUGGCAGGUGCUGAAGAAAAAGAUGUUGCUUUACUAGUUGUGGGGGAUCCCUUUGGUGCUACGACCCAUACUGAUUUUAUUCUUCGGGCAAAGGAAAAAGGAAUCAAAUUUCAAGUAGUUCAUAAUGCAUCUAUACUAAAUGCCGUAGGUUGUUGUGGGCUACAACUCUACAGUUUUGGUGAAACAGUUUCGAUUCCUUUUUGGACGGAUCAAUGGCAACCUGAUAGUUUCUUUGAUAAAAUCGUUAACAAUGUUAAGAAUAGACUACAUACACUUUGUUUACUUGAUAUUAAGGUAAAAGAACCAACUUUAGAGAGUUUAACGAUGAAAAAGAAAGUAUAUAUGCCACCCAAAUUCAUGAUGGUUAGUGAAGCUGCGCUACAACUUCUGCAGAUAAUAGAUAAGAGGAAAGAGCAGGGUGAAGAUCCUGGUAUAAGUGAAAAAAAUGUAUGUGUAGGACUAGCUAGAGUUGGGUCAGAAUCACAGAAAAUUGUAACUUGUAGCUUAAAGAAUAUGUCAACUGUAGAUUUAGGUGGACCUUUACAUUCCUUAAUUGUUGUAGGGCCUAUUAUACAUCCUGUUGAAAUGGAAUAUCUAGUACAAUUUGAAAUGAAAAAGGAACAAUAAAGAUAUGUGUCAUAUA